UCCCUCUGCAAGAGCAAAUCCAUGGUUUGGAUUCGAUCCAAUACAUCAAAUUUGUCGAACUCCACAGUCAUUGACGAGAGACCCGGAUGGGAAGUAGAAGCAGAAGUGAUGUAAAUUACAGAAACCCAUGUCUGACAAUGCAUCAGCCAUGGGCUUCUUUGCUGGUUCAUGGUAUUAAGCGCAUUGAAGGUAGAUCUUGGCCUGCUACUCUCAGAGGUCGACUUUGGAUUCAUGCUGCUAGUAAAGUCCCAGAACCAGAAACAAUUAAAGCAAUGGAGGACUUCUACAGAGAAAUUUAUGCCGUGGAUGGGAUAACAGAUCUCAAGUUUCCGGAACAUUACCCGAUUUCAAGACUUAUAGGUUGUGUUGAAGUGGUGGGAUGUGUUACACGUGAAGAGCUGGUGUGCUGGGAGGAGGUUUCUGAUGGGGUGAGGCUUGAAGGGCAAACAGAUUUUUGUUGGCUCUGUGAGCAACCACAGAAGCUGAUAAUUCCAUUUGAGAUGCGGGGGUUCCAAGGUGUUUAUAACUUGGAGAAAAAGAUAUACGAUGCAGCAGCUAGAGGUCUUUGUCCUGUCAAAGCUCCACUACCAGUGAAGUUUCCUUGUCCAGAUCCAAAGGAUCCUUUUUCUCUGAAGCCACGAUCACUCACUUCCUCCAUUAACAAUUCAAAUCAAGCUGACAGGGACAGACCACCAGCUCUCAUGGCAGCCAUAGCCGGUGCACGAGCUGCUGCUACACAGUUCUCAAAGAAUGGCAAUGUCCAACCGAUUACAAUUCAAGGAGAUAUGCCUGUUUCCACAAGAACAAGGAAUAAAACAAAAGAAGAAGAUCAAAGAGUAGACGAUAUGGUUUCUGGGAGCUCGGGUGCAAAAGAUUUGGCACGUAACAGCAAAGGGCAGGGUGGCAACAAGAACUGAUAAUAAAUUUUGCAAAUGUCCUGCUCCUAUUAGGAUUUGGGUCGUUAAUCGGGAGCUCCAUAGGUCUUCCAGUGGGAUCAGCUUGGGUGUUGCUUAGUCUUAUAGUUGGGUUGUCUCAGUAUUGCUGACUAUUGUACAUGAAUGAUGUUUUCUCUAAUCCAGUACUGUAGAGGAAGUAUGGGGCAGAUUGUUAAAUGUGUAAACUAAUGUAUCAAUAAUUCCAUUAAUCAGUCUGAAUUCUGCUUGAAGCUUGUUUCAUGGAAGGUGCUGUGUUUUGAGAUUUUUGAUUUAAUUGGGG